AUUCUGAGGUACUGUGCAUAUGCACUAAAUUAUGCAUAUAAAAAAAAACAUCUUUAACAGUUGGAGUACUAAAGAAGUAUCCCCAGUAUGUGAUUUGACUGAGUUACACAAUUUAGUAAAGAAAAUAGAAGAUGAAGAAGAAUUUAAUAAACUAGUUUUAUCACUCUCUGCUGCUGGUGGUAAAGAUGUUAAAGAUGUUGUGAAGAAUAUUAUGGAAAGUGGGGCUACGUAUGAUGUGUUGGCCAAGUUUAAUUUUCGGGCAACUAAUCGCCUCGAAAAAAAUAAAGAGCCAAGACCAAGUAAAGAAGCUUUUAAAAGUCUUAAUAUAUGCAAAGUUGUGUGCUGUACGUUUUAUAAAUUAUUUUAGUUUUGAAAAGCUUUUUUAUAUUGUAAACUAAGUUCUUAUUUGUUUUAACCCCUUUUAGUAUGCUAUAAGAACUUUCAUUAAUUCAUAUUUAA